GGCCUGCUCCCUGCAGCCUCCUCCCUUUCUCCUACCCACCUCACCUACCACCACAACCAAGAGCCGUCACCACCUGCCCUGUGGUCUCCUUCCUGUCCUCCCACCACGUCUGCGGAGUGGGUGCAGGCUCCCUCCCCCAGGGGUGGGAGUGAGGAGCUGGGGGAUGCACUCGAUAAACCCCUUGAGAACGAUGCAGAGGGUGUGUGGAGCCCAGACAUCGAGCAGAGCUUCCAAGAAGCCCUGGCCAUCUAUCCGCCCUGUGGCCGCAGGAAGAUCAUCCUCUCUGACGAGGGCAAGAUGUACGGACGGAACGAGUUGAUUGCACGGUACAUCAAACUGCGCACAGGGAAGACGCGGACAAGGAAGCAGGUUUCCAGUCAUAUUCAGGUCCUCGCCCGACGGAAGGCCAGAGAGAUCCAGGUGAAGCUGAAGGACCAGGCUGCCAAAGACAAGGCCUUGCAGAGUAUGGCCUCCAUGUCCUCAGCACAGAUCAUCUCACCCACCGCUUUCCAGAACAAGAUGGCUCUCCAGGGCCUGUCCAGGCCGGCCUACCCCACGUCUGGUGGGUUUUGGCACGGGGCUCUCCCAGGACAGCCAGGAGGCCAUGAAGACAUUAAGCCCUUCUCCCAGCAGAGUUACGCCAUGCAAGCGUCCGGCCCGACCCCCAUAACAGGUUAUGAAAGCACAGCGGGGCUACAGAUGUCUCCUGGUGCCCCCCCUUGGCAAGGAAGAAGUAUUGCCAGCUCCAGGCUGAGGAUGCUCGAGUUCUCUUCCUUUCUGGAGCAACCUCAAGACCCAGAGACUUUCAACAAGCACCUGUUUGUGCACAUUGGCCAGUCCAACCCCAGCUACAGCGACCCCUAUCUGGAGUCUGUGGACGUCCGACAGAUCUACGACAAGUUCCCAGAGAAGAAAGGAGGCCUGAAGGAGUUGUUUGACAAAGGACCGCACAACGCGUUCUUCCUCGUCAAGUUCUGGGCGGACCUCAGCAUAAACCUGCAGGAUGACAGCAGCUUCUUCUACGGAGUUUCCAGUCAGUAUGAGAGUUCUGAGAACAUGAUUAUCACCUCAUCCACCAAAGUCUGCUCCUUUGGCAAGCAGGUGGUGGAGAAAGUGGAGACGGAGUAUGCACGUUUUGAGAAUGGGCGCUACGUGUUUCGGAUUCACCGCUCACCUUUAUGUGAAUACAUGAUCAACUUCAUACACAAGCUGAAACACCUGCCGGAGAAGUACAUGAUGAACAGCGUACUGGAGAACUUCACUAUCCUACAGGUGGUGACUAACAGGGACACACUGGAGACGCUCCUGUGCAUAGCAUACGUCUUUGAGGUGUCUACCAGUGAGCACGGCGCACAGCAUCAUAUUUACAGGCUGGUCAAAGACUGACACAUUUGGACCUUACCUGCUUUAGACCCAUUGUAGCACCUCAGUGAGCAACUACAGUAAACAACGGACUACUUCCUCCAUAAGCUUAAAGCUGAAAGCACACAAGUCGGUCAGGAGUUCUUUGUUAGCACGCCCAGAAACACUACUGCUGAGGAAGAGGAGGAUUUGGGAUUGUGGAAGCUGAAACUGGCUUUGUGUGAGAAGUAGCAGGGGAAAAAAAGAGGACCAUAAUACUCUGUGGUCUCUAUGCCAAAGGAGCCGAGCAAGACCUGCAUGACAAGGUUGUUGAAAGUCGUUGGUGUUUUUCAUCUCGUUUUACUUGUGCUUGUUUUUGAUUUAGAGUCUUUCAUACACGUGCAUGUGCAGGGGAUGUUUGCUACAGAGGAGUUUGUCUGCCUCAGGCUGCCACCUAGUGGCUUAAAUAUAACUGACAACCUGGAAAAAUAAUACAAGUAGGUGAGAGAAUUCCUCCUUUGCACAUCCAUAAAAAUAUCACUGUUUCUUGUGUUAUUCGAGAAUUUGAGUAAUUAUGUACAGAGUCAGAUACUCCUCCUCUAAACAGAGUUAUGAAGAAAAGAGGCUAAAAUGAUUGAAAAGUUUUCCUAUUGACUUUGUUUGAUGUUUAAUGUUAAAUGUUUCUUGUAUUGUCUUAAUGUUUUUGAUUGAAAAUGAUCUGACUACAAAGAAAGGCACAUAAUAACACUGCUAACUUGAACCACAUUUAGAUCUGUAAGAUGAUUACAGAGGUUGUCUGAAACUGUAACUUGCCCUGAAGUGUCAGAUGAAAAUACAAGUGUUUCUUACAAAGCUC